CAUCCAGUUUUAGUGUAUUUAUUAACACCAAUAUUUUAUGGAUUCUACAAAAAUUAACUUUGGAAUAUAUGCAUAUGUGGCUUAGAAAAGUUUAGUUCUUGCUGUGUUUUUGUGAAAAUUUGUGGCAUUCAAUUUCUAAGUGUGGCAACCAUCUAAAGUUUUAAGGGACGCAUGACUCGUAACCGAGUGUCCCCUAUUGGGGAAAAGAUAGAUAAUUUUGAUCAGUAUUACGAUGACACGUUACAAUCCAUUUCUGCAGUCAAAGUGGACAUUCCGGACGACAAUGGGAACCAAAUUAAGAAAAACCCUAUCAUUGACAAUGUCAAAGACUCGGGCUUACGACGGCGCCGUCGGUCACGUACUAGGAGCGCCCAUCGAGCCAGAAACGGGCCCGAAACCGGGUCUAAUGGGUCAGAUACAGACGACGACGGUGUCGAUGAUAAGAACGAUCUACGAACUCGAAUAGAAAAUAAGAAAGGUCCCGGGCACUGGACUCCAUAUCUCAAAGAAAGGAGAGAAAAAUUACUUCAAAAAGAACUGAAAAAGUCCACGGGUUGUUGUGGCUCCGGGAACUCUAAUAGACAGAACUGGAGAAAGUUUAAGAUAUGGAAGAAAGAAAUGAGCUACAAAUUGGAACCCUGGGGUUCGUGGCUGAAAAACGUAGAAGGUCACCAGGGUACGGGCGUGGUCUCUUACUUUGUAUUCCUGCGUUGGCUGUUUUUCCUAAAUCUCUUCAUAUUUGUGCUUAUGUUACUAUUCGUGACUAUCCCUUAUGCUGCCUUUUCAAAUUACGGAUACUCGUAUGCUGUGCAAGGCGAAGGGAUUUCAGGUCUCGAUGUAGCGAGUGCUGGAACGUGUACACCGUUAUACACAGUCAACGUCAGCUCUGACGCUGCAACUCUUAUACAAGACUUCCUACAGGGCUCUGGUUGGAUGGAGAAAACGGCCAUGUUUUAUGGUUUCUAUGACAGCCAGGACUUGACCAUCGGUUCUGUAGGCGACCAUCGUUAUAAUUACGUCAUGCCGCUGGCUUAUCUGCUGACGUCAAUGGUUGUCCUGCUAUUUAGUUUGAUCACUAUGGCAAGAUACACCAUGCAGAGCUUCAGGGAGAAUCUGGAGGACCGGAACGAAAAACACCAGUAUUGUAAUCGAGUGUUCGGGGGCUGGGACUACGCCCUCAGUGAAGAAAGCACAGCUUUACUUAAACACAGGAGUCUUUAUAAAGACCUAGUCGGUGAAUUAGCGGAACAACGCCAUCUAGAGUCCAGACAGAACAUGAAUACCAGUCAAAAAUGUAAGCUGUACACCUUAAGAUUUUUUAUCAACUUCCUGGUGGUGUGCAUUCUGGGAGGAUCUGGGUACCUCAUUUACUGGGUCACGGAUUGGGUGACCACCUUUUUGGCAGAUCCAAAUGCUAAGACAACCAAUGACAAUAUUGUUAUUUUGGUGGUUGAAUUCUUGCCCUCUCUGACGAUAACAGCUCUUAACGGAAUCGUGCCUCUAAUCUUUGGAAUAGUGGUUAAGGCGGAAGAUUAUACCCCAGAAUUUACCAUUAAAAUCACACUCAUAAGGACAGUUUUCUUGAGAUUGGCCUCAUUGGCUGUGCUGAUAGCCACUAUAUACAGAAGUGUUUCUUGUUCUGAUAAAGACACCACGUGUAAUGUUGGACAGAAUAGCUGCGACGAACUUAGAUGCUGGGAAACGUAUGUCGGUCAGAACUUUUACAAGUUAAUUGUGUUGGACUAUCUGGUCAAGAUUGGGGUCACUCUUGGAUACGAACUUCCAAGAAAAAUACUAACGACAAAAUGCGAUGCGUCUAUAUGUAAAAAAGUGGGACCAGCGGAAUUCGACAUUCCUAAAAACGUUCUGGAUAUUGUAUAUACACAGACAUUAUGUUGGCUGGGAUUUUUCUAUGCUCCUUUGGUACCAGCACUUGCCACCAUUUCCCUUUUUACUUUGUUUUAUCUCAAAUACCUGUCAGCUAUGUAUAACACCAACCCGCCAGAAGUUCCCUAUAAAGCUUCCAAGUCUAACAAUUUCUUUAUGAUCGUGCUGAUGGCGGCCUUUUUCCUCUGUUGUCUACCAGUGGGCUACACCAUGGUCAAGUUAACUCCUUCAAAAGGAUGCGGUCCGUUCCGUAUCUAUAGCUACAUGACGGUUACUAUAGACGCCACCAUAUCUAACUUCCCGUCCUGGCUCCAGACCCUGAUCGGAAUAUUUACUUCCGGGUCCUUCAUUAUCAUUCUGGUCGUUCUGCUAUCGUUAGUAAUUUAUUACACGUCCUCAAGAUCUAGCGCACGUGCAGCCAUGAUCGUAAUGCUGAAAGAACAGAUGAUUAUGGAAGGAAAAGACAAACAGUUCUUGUUGAACCGUAUCUAUGAACUGACGGGAGAAAAGCCAGGGGCGAAAAAGAAGGGGGACUCAAAACCCCCACCCAGUCCCGGACCACCCCCAGCAGUUAAAACUGUGAAUGAAGUCAACCAUAAAAACGGAAAUGUCCCCACUGACAGUGACGACUACGAGAGAGAUCAGAAGAUACUUAAUAUUGAGUUGAGACCCAAGGACGAUAUUCCGGAAUCAGUAGCAUAUACAGACCCGGAUAAUUCUACAAGAAAGUCAGCGGAAACAGUAUUACAAAGGGAAAUAACUCCGGUAGAUUGGGAUCAAGUAUCUGGGGAACAGGACAUCACUAGGACGAAAUCAACUGUCACCGCAUCCAAAGUUGCGUUCGAUUUCUAAUAGGGCAUUGUGGUUUUCUUUUGUUUCUUUGCCGGAUUAGACAUUUGCUGUUGACUGUGAUAUCAUAUGUAGAUAGUAUAAUAUCACCAUAUAUUUCCGCCCAUUUCCUAUCUGUGAUUUUGUCAUAAUGUUUCUGUUUUAAAUCUUUUUAUAAAACUUUCUCCAUAAUUCUCGUUAUUUUUUUAUUUCUGAAUUUGAUUUAAAAAAAAAUACUUCAUCCGUCCAUAUCCCUAUUUUAAUGCAAUUAAAACUGCUUCGUUUAUAUACAUGUUUGUUUUUUACCUUUUCAUACAAUUUAUACAAUAUUUUAUGCCAAUUGCAAUUUUUAGCAAAACGAAGACUUCGGAAGUUAUUGAUUAACUCGCAUGCUAUUAACUAGUAUUUCAAUGCAUAUAAUGAGAAUUGGUAUAUAUUUUUUACAUAUCCAAAUUGUUUAUGCAUCUAAAUUACACGUUCGAGAACAGUUCAUUUGUACCCUAUACUGUUUAGCGGGGACCCGUAUAUGGGCCCCUGGUUAUUGUUUUUUAACUGAGCUGGUCUCCGUUAACUUUAUACAUGUAUAUAAAGACACGUGUAUAUGUGAUUUGUUAAAACUGUUGAUUUUUUUUUCUACAUUAUUAUAUCAUAUAUAAUAUUAAUCGGUACAAAAUCGAACACGUUUGUAUGGCUAUUAUUGAUUAUUAAUGAUACAUGGUUUAUACACAAAAAUGUACAUGUGUGUAAUGUAUAUGAAAUUGAAAUCCUUUUAUACUGACCCAAUCAUGUGCAUUUUUAAUGAUUGUAUGAAUGAGAAUACUUGCUUCUUCCAUCAUGAAGUUUGUCAAAAGACUUUAAAUUGUAACUUUUUGUUUUCAAUAAAAUCUUAUUCUUUUCUAA